AUGGCUCUCCUACCACCCAAAGAGCUUCGUAUUGCAAAUGAAGCCGAGCAAAUCAAGACUCUUGACCUCCUGUUCGAACCAAGUCCGGCAAUUCACUCAACUCUCAUCCCUGUCCUAAGAGACUCAGAGUACACAUCUUACCCUGAACUCAUCGACGCUUGCAGAUCCCGUCUCGUCUCACUCGCAUCCUCUAGCUCUCCAACCAAACCAGAUGAGACUCUCCUCUCCAUUCUUGGAUCUCAUCCGCGCUUGGGAGCCAAAAAGGUCGAAUCUGCACAGUCAGCAGCAGAGCAGGCUAAUUUGCAAGGCCAGGGCGAGGAGUUGGCUAAGCUGAACCAGGAAUAUGAGAAAAAGUUCCCGGGACUGCGUUAUGUCGUCUUUGUGAACGGGAGAGGAAGACCGGAGAUCAUGGAGAAUAUGAAGGCCAGAAUCUCAAGGGGUGACUUUUCAAAAGAGGUCGAUGAGGCGUUGCAGGCAAUGUGCGAUAUCGCAAAAGAUAGAGCCUCGAAACAGGAUGCAAAGCUGUAA